AUGGAAUGUGAUAGGGCAGUGAAGGCAAUUAAGGAAGGGGGCAGUGUAGUGGUCCUAACCGGUGCAGUGACACCUCCUGGUUUCAGAUUUGUAGUCACUUCCAGUGGAGCUGUCUUGGAGAAACUAAACCCAUAUUUGGAAAGUGGGAAGGUGAAACCAGUGGUCGACUCCAAAGGGCCAUUCCCGUUUUCCAAUGUUGUUGAAGCUUUCUCCUACCUUGAAACCAACCGAGCUACAGGAAAGGUAGUCAUACAUCCAAUUCCAUGA